AAGUCAGUGAUCCAUCCUUCAUUCCCUGAUGAUCUGCUUCCUAUGUGGGUUGUGUCAUACUGGGCUGCCAUGUCACAUGCACUUGAGAGUCAGCGUGAUUGGUGCAUGUCUUAUGACUGGGUCUUAGACCAACUUGAUGUUGUUCUAGCUGAUGGACAAGAGUUGGAAGUUGUUGAUGAGGUGCUAGAUGUCUCAGAGAGCCUUCCAUGGGAUGCCCCUCUCAAGGGAUUCAGUGCUCAGACAGAUCUAAGGACUAUGGAGCUCCAACUCCUGUUGGCAUCAUGCCCGAUUCAUGGAUGUGUUUUGGACUCCAUGAUUGCUGCAGUUGUCCAGCAAAUGCAGGCAUCCGACCUCCAGUUUGUUUCUGUUAAAACUCUUGACUUUGCAGAUAUCCUUCGGCUCAAUGAGAAACAGUGGAAUAACUAUGAGACAGACAGGGCUUUCGUUCGCCUUUGCACUAUUGGCUCUGCAUUGCAUGAUGGCACACUUCAUUGUAUUCUCUUCCCCAUCAAUAUCGACAAUGUUCACUGGGCUGUCAUUGAGGUCAAUACUGUCAACCAAAGUAUAUCCUAUGCCAACUCCCUUGACUGGAGCUGGCCUAAUGACAACAUCAAUACUAUAAAUCGUUGGCUGGGCUAUCAUGGUUUCGGCAAAUUUGACAGGGCAACCACACUCCAGCAUGGUGAGCAGCGAGACUCAUUCUCGUGUGGUAUCGCAGCUAUAAACACAAUCAAGCAUGCACUGUUUCAUGACCCAUUGUUCACCAAUGAUAGAGCAUUUUCCCUCCGCAUGGGAGAAUUUCUUUAUAUUGCUUAUGAUCACCUCAAGGUAUGA